UUUUUGACUAUUUUUUAAAUGUUUUUGGGGCAAAAUUAAUUUUUAAAAUCAGUUUUUAUUAUUUUUUGUCUUUUAGAAGAAGAAAUAUUCCCGUAAUUAUGGACCAUCAUGCAUUGGUGGAGGAAUUGCCUGAAAUUGAAAAGUUAACCCCUCAAGAACGCAUUGCACUAGCUAGAGAACGCCGAGCUGAACAACUUAGACAAAAUGCUGCCCGAGAAGCUCAGUUGCCUAUGCCAGCACAGCGUCGGCCUCGGCUUCGAUUUACUCCAGAUGUUGCUUUACUUGAGGCUACAGUUAGGGGGGAUACACAAGAAGUUGAACGUCUUUUAAUGGAGGGAGUCAACGCUGAUUCGCACAAUGAGGAUGGAUUGACACCUUUACAUCAGUGUGCAAUCGAUAACAAUGAAAGAAUUGUUCGCCUUUUGCUAAGGUACGGGGCUUGUGUCAACGCCAAAGAUACGGAACUUUGGACACCUUUACAUGCAGCAGCAUGUUGUGCUUAUAUUGAUAUUGUUCGUUUACUUAUUGCACACAACGCAGAUUUACUAGCAGUAAAUGCAGAUGGAAAUAUGCCCUAUGAUAUUUGUGAUGAUGAGCAAACACUUGACCUUAUUGAGUCUGAAAUGGCUGCUAGAGGAAUUACACAGGAAAUGAUUGAUGAAAGGAGGCAACAGCCAGAAAGGGAAAUGUUGAAUGAUAUGAAAAUUUUACAUCAAAGAGGAUUACCUUUGGACCAAAGAAAUUCUAUUGAUAAAUCUACCUUUUUACACAUAGCAGCAGCUAAUGGUUAUUAUGAUGUUGCAGCUUUCCUUCUUCGUUGUAAUGUUUCUCCAGCUUUGAGAGAUAUCGAUUUGUGGCAACCCAUUCAUGCAGCUGCUUCUUGGAAUCAGCCAGACUUAAUUGAACUUUUGUGUGAAUAUGGAGCUGAUAUAAAUGCAAAAACUGGAGCGGGGGAAAGCCCUUUAGAAUUAACUGAAGACGAACCAACCCAACAAGUAAUUAGAACAAUAGCUCAAACUGAAGCUAGGAGGCGGCGAGGUCCAGGUGGUGGUUACUUUGGUGUUCGAGAUUCUCGACGACAAAGCAGAAAAAGAAAAAAAUUCGAAUCACCCCAACAACCACCUUCAACAUUAGAAAACCCUUUCUCUGCUAGAGGUGCAAUUAGACGCCAAUCAUUGCGAGAUCGAAGCGGGAUGUCUUUAGCUCGUUUGGAGGCACAAAGAGAGGGUUCUGAUUUAAUUAGAAGUUAUAAUAGUAAAGAGGAUCUUUCUUCGAAUCCGGCGGUUUGUUUUUGUUUUUAA